AUCAUUUCCGGUAUACAGUCAGCUCCGGUUUUAUGUAGGCAAAGCCAGUUCUCUGCCUCUACAGCGCUUCUGCAACAUGAUAUUCCCAACCUCCAUCCUAGGGCUGAUGCCUCCCCCCCCAGCAGCAACCCCAGCUCUGAUUAGGCAAGAGCAGCAUAUCCUGCAAAGGCAGCAGGGGCAAAAAGCCGGUAUGCUGAGGGAGGCAGGCGAGCUGGCUCUGUGCCACACGCUUGCACUUGUGACAGUGCCUCCACUGGCUGCCUGACCUUCAGGGAGCAAAGAGGAGAGCUGGGGCGAGAAGGCAACCGCCCCCCGUCCCUGUUCUCGGUGCUUUGGGCAAACAGCACCGGUACCAAUCAGCCAAGACAACAGCGUGGCGAGGUGGUCUCGUUCCCGAGCUGGCUGGCCUGUCAUCCCCUGUCCUCCAUCACAUGCAGCUGCAGAGAAGCGGACACUCACCUUGAGCAGGUGACUUUUCAUAUCCUGUGAUGGCAGGAGAAAAUUGUGCAAUAGAUGUCCUCUUACAAGCACUGCAAGACCUUUUACCUGAGGAUUUUCUAAAGUUUAAGAAUAAAUUAUCAUACAUUAGUUACAAAGAAAGAUGGAAUAUCCCCAAGAAUUCAUUGGAAAAAGCCAGCCAUGCUUACACACUUGUCAACUGCAUGAAAGAGCACUAUGGAGAAGACAUUGCAAUGGAGAUAGCAACUGGUGUGUUUGAAGAGAUGAACCGGAGAGACCUCGCUGAUAAAAUCCAAGAUGAGAAAGUCAAAGAGUACAAACAGAAAUACAGAGCGCACGUGAUAAGAGAGUUCCUUGCGUAUAAAGAGGUAAAUGCUUGUCUCGGUGAGAACCUGACCAUAAGUAGCCGAUACACCAACCUGAUGAUUGUUAUAAAGCUUCACACCAAAAGGGAAGAACAGGAAACCAGUGGUGUAAGCCAGAGACAUGCAGACACCAGCAAAGAGCAAGCUAACACUGCUGUUACUGUGGCACAACUGUUUCAACCUGAUGAAGAAGGACAAGCACCACACACCAUUGUGCUGGUGGGAGCUGCAGGGAUGGGAAAGACAAUGACAAUGAGGAAGACUAUGGUGGAGUGGGCAGAAGGAGUCCUUUAUACACAGUUUGAGUAUGUUUUCUACCUCAACUGUAAAGAAAUUAGUCUGACUAAAGGAAUGAGUGCUGCAGACUUUAUUUCAAAAUGCUGUCCCCAUAGAAGUACACCAAUUGGAAAGAUUCUGAAUAGCCAAAAAAAGGUCCUGCUCCUUAUUGAUGGCUUGGAAUACCUGAGAUUUUCUUUGCUUCAGCCAGAAGAUGACCUGAGCUGUGAUCCCAGGGAAGAGAAGCCACUGGAAACCACUCUGACCAGUUUAUUUAAGAAAAUUAUUCUCCCUGAAUCCUCCUUGCUGAUCACUACGAGGCCAACGGCCCUCCAGACUCUGGGGCGGUGCUUAGAGGGCAAGCAUUAUGCAGAAAUAUUGGGCUUCUCAGCAGCUGCAAGGGAGGAAUAUUUCCACAGGUUUUUUGACACUGAUGAUAAAGCAGAUACAGCCUUGAGGUUUGUCAAAGGAAACAAAAUACUUUUCACCAUGUGCCUUGUCCCCAUCAUGAGUUGGACUGUCUGCACUGUGCUGAAACAAGAACUUUAGAAGAAGAAAAAUCUUACAGCAAGUUCUAAAACAACCACAAGAAUGUAUGUGUUUUACCUUUCCAGAUUACUGAAGAGCAGAGCAGGUGACAGCAAACAGGACCUGCAGCAGUUCCUGCGCAAACUUUGCUGCUUGGCUGCUGAUGGGAUGUGGAUACACAAGGUGCUGUUUGAGGAAAAGGAAAUCAAGGAGCGGGGCUUAGAUCAGCCAGACCUUCUCUCCCUCUUCCUCAAUGAGAACAUUUUAAAGAAAGGCACAGACCACGGGAAUGUCUACAGCUUCAUUCACUUGCACCUCCAGGAGUUCUUCGCAGCAAUGUUUUACGUCCUAGAGGAUGAGGAGGAGACAGUAGGCAACUCGGGGACUCAUGCGAAGGACAUAAAAAUCUUACUUGAAAACUAUAGCAAAUCUAGAAAGGAUUUGAUGUUAACAAUGAGUUUCUUGUUUGGUCUGGUAAAUGGAAAAUCCAUAGAAUACAUGGACCAAAAAUUUGGGUGUAGACUUUCACCAAAAUUUAAGGAAGCUAUGCUGAGAUCAAUUCAAACAAGGCCUAGAGGAAUUUCACCUCCAGGUAAAGGGACAACAAAGAUUGAGGAGUUGGCUAUUUUUCACUGUUUGUUUGAGAUUUACAAAGAAGACUUUGUGAAGCGUGCCUUGAAUUGUUUCACUGGGAUAGACUUGCAUGACAUCAAGCUGACUCCAUAUGAUCAAAUGGCUCUUUCGUUCUGCAUCAAGCAGUGGACUGGACUGGACUCAGUGACUUUCAAAGGGUGCUCCUUUGAACAGCAAGAUUUCGAGGAAAAGUUAGUCACAGGCGCCACACCAGAGUUAUAUUGGUUGCACUGGUGCGGCCUCACAGAGGGCUGCUGCGAGGACCUCGCCAGGCUGCUGGCCAUGCACCCCAGCCUGGACCAGCUGGAGCUAGGUGACAGCAAGCUGGGUGACAGCAGUGUGCGGCUGCUGUGCGAGGGGCUGCGGCAGCCCGCCUGCCGGCUGCGGGCCCUGCGGCUGUGGUACUUCUGCUUCACAAGUGCCUGCUGUGAGGAUCUUGCCACUGUACUCAGCACCAGCCGGCACCUGAUGGAACUGGAUUUGUCCUGUAAUGAUGAGCUGAGAGAUGCGGGCGUGCAGCUGCUGUGUGAAGGGCUCCAGCAUCCCGCCUGCCAGCUGCAGACACUGAGAUUGGGGAGCUGUCGCCUCACUGGCACGUGCUGUGGGGACUUGGCUGCUCUGCUCUUUGUCAACCAGAGCUUGACCUGCCUGGAUCUGAGUGAUAACGAGCUUGGAGGUGCUGGGGUGCAGCAGCUCUGCCAGCUACUGAAGUAUCCUGCCUGCCAGCUGCAGAGAGUGGGAUUGAACACAUCUGGACUAAAGGAAGAAACACAGCAGGAGCUGGUUGCGCUCAAGAGAAUAAAGCCCAACCUGAAGAUAGGGUAUUUUUAGCAAGAUGCCCUGCAGCCAAGGCGUAUGGCCCAGUUGCCCUCUCACCGGGGAGUCCUGUUAGGCAGAGGUGGAGGAAGGGCCGGGAAGCUGUUUCCUUCUUUUAUGGGAGAUCCUUUUUACAACAGGAAUAGUUUCUAGCAUGUAUUGUAGGGAUUUGAUCAGUGCUCCUGAAAAGGAUGGGAGAUGUCCCUGGGAUUUGAAUCUUGUCGUGCAUGAUGGAAGCUGCAACAUGGUCCUGUGUGGAUCUGCUGGGGAUUUGGGGCAGAGCAACUAUGCAGGGGAUAAGGCCAUGGAUGAGAAUGCAGGUGAGUCCGGCGGCU